AUGCAGUCCUACACCACCCAAUCCCUCUUCUCUGUCAAGGGCAAGACCGUGAUCGUCACCGGCGGAGGCUCAGGCGUUGGCAAAGGCAUGGCUACCGCCUUUGCCGUCAACGGAGCAAAGGUGAUCAUCUGCGGCCGCCGCAUGGACACCCUUCAGACCACCGCCGAUGAGCUCAACGCUGCCGCCAAGGAGAGCGGGAAUGGAGGCACCGUCGUCUUCAUCCAGGCCGACGUCGCUACCAAGCAAGGCGUGAUUGACUUUUACAACAAGGCCUCGGAGCACAUGGACCAGCUUGAUGUCCUCAUCAACAACGCUGGCUACUCUUCCGGCUGGAAAGACAACAGCUCGCUCGCCGACGCCGAGACGCUCGAGACGAAGCUUUGGUCCAUCGAUGACUCCGACUGGGCCAACAUGACUGCCAUCCACGUCGCUGGCCCCUAUUACCUCGCCAUCCGCGCCAUCCCCUUCUUCAAGAAGUCUCAGGAUCCUGUCGUCAUCAACAUCACUUCUCUGGCUGCGAUCUUCCUCAACAGGGCGGUGUGCGAGUACUCUUACGCCCAGUCCAAGGCUGCGGAAGCCCACCUGACCCGUCUCAUGGCGGCCGCUCUGGGACCUCUUGGCAUCAGAGUCAACUCCAUCUGCCCCGGCCUCUUCCCGUCCCAGCUGACAACCGACGCGAACGGAGAGUUCUGGGCCCCGAUGCAGGAUGCCAUCAAGAACAUUCCCAAGGGACGCGCCGGCAAGUGGGAGGAGUUGGCAGGCCCUGCUCUCAUGCUCGCCUCGCCCGCUGGCGCCUACCUCAACGGGUCAGAGAUCGUCUGUGACGGAGGGUGGGUUUUGAACUCCUCCGCCAGGGACGUCUAG